AUGUGUCUCACGCGAUGCAAGAAAAUCAUUGUCGAUCUUAGCCGGAGAGAAGAACCACGCACAGACUGGUUGCCAUGCGUUGAAUUUCGGCCCUUAUUUGGCCUCAUCCAGGAUACUCACCUGUCCAAAACAAGCAACAACCAUGUUUGUUUUGGGAUUAUCUUACAUGGCCUGGCAAAGGGCCUUUCCUACUCGGUAUCAUUAUUCACAAGUACCCGUGCUGUUUUAGUCAAUGCCAAGGAUUGCCAACAAUCACACUAG